GUUGAAAACCCAGAAGUUCAGACUGCAAAAGGCCAGAAGAAAGGAAGGACGCUACUACUUCGUAUUACACGCUGACUAAACAGUCCCCUCCCCUCAAAUCUUCUGGCAUGUGUUGGAAGAGAAAUGCUUAGUUUAAUCAUAUUAGGGGAGAUUAUGAAGAAGCUUUAAAAUCCUAAGCCUGGUAUGCAGUAUGAGCAGUGUUUAGAGAGCUUGUUCAUGAGAGCUGGUUAUCAUAGGCAAUCUGAAAGAAACCCAAAAAACAGCUUCCCUGACAGAAGAUGCCAGUGAUCAACAUCGAGGACCUGACAGAAAAGGACAAGUUGAAGAUGGAGGUAGACCAGCUUAAGAAGGAAGUGACACUGGAAAGAAUGAUGGUUUCCAAAUGUUGUGAAGAAGUAAGAGAUUAUAUUGAAGAAAGAUCUGGAGAAGACCCUCUAGUGAAGGGGGUUCCAGAGGACAAAAACCCCUUCAAGGAACUCAAAGGAGGCUGUGUGAUUUCAUAGGCGGGAAGACAUUUUCUUAGAAUAUUUAGAAUUUUAAUGAUAAUGGAAACUGUUCUCCUAUAUAAUUAAACUGUAUAUGUUGUUUAAAUUAUUAAACUUUAAAUUAUAAUAAAAAUAAAGUUGCAAUAAUAUGUA